UAUAUUUUUAUGGGGUCGACCCUCAGCAAUCUCGAUGCAAGAAAUAAUAAUAACUCCAAACGUCAAGUACUGCACGGGUCUCUUCCAUAUUGGGCCUAUGCCUGCGAUAUACGCUUCCAUCCCCGUCAUAUGCUAUGAUACUUUCCUGCUUGUCCUCGCCAUCGCCGUCCUCGGGAAGCACCUGAAGGAACGAAAUGAACUUAGAAUCAAGCCUAAUGCCUAUGUAGUCAUGAUUGUCCGAUAUCAUGUCAUAUACUUUGUCCUAAAUUUGGCAACUCAAAUCUUCAUGGCGAUAUUGUGGGCCGACCUUCCGACGCCGGUGAUGUAUCUCGCACAGUUGUUCAUCGGUACCGCGCCAUGUAUUAUUGUGCCACGUCUUAUCAUCAGCAUCUGGGAAACGCAUGCCAACGAAAACUGUGUACAUGUCAGUACGACAUUCGAGGAAUGUGUUUGUUGGACUUCGCCACCGGCAUUGGAGCAGCACGAGAUGGACCCCCUCUGAUACUUCAUGGGAGCAAGUCGUCCAUGGCCCAAUUUUUUGUGUAACUAUGCACUAUUAUGUCCACAAAAUAUCAUAUAUGGAGCUUGUAUUUGAUAGCUAGGUAUAAAAGUACGGUCUAUCAUAAUUUAUCUUGGAGGACUCGAUAGGCUUUUGGCCCAUGACUCCAACUUUGAGAAUGAAGGCGGUGAGCACUCUACUAGUCGUAAAACUUUA